AUGGAUGUGAGGGAGCUGAGAGGCCGCGAUGUUGUUCUCGUUGACAUUCUGCUACAGCCGGUGCACCAGCGCUGCCACAAGCCCAGCCGAGCUCUCUGGCAGGCACUCCGCCAACACUACCUGGUGCCGCCCAAUGGCUUCCCCAUUUUCAAUCCAGACUUCACUCUCCGAGCACCUUCAGAAGCAGAUGCUGCAGCAGCAGCAGCAGCAACAGCAGCAGCAGCAGUAGAGGCAACAGACGACUGGGUGGUGGUGUGGGGCAAGAGGCCAGGAGCGGGCACAGCGGAGGAGCUAGCAGCCCUGCAUCUCGCCCUCGUGGAAGCAUUCGGAGCGCGGCGCCUGCGCACAGUGGGGGGCUCAGCCGCGUUGGACCUGGUGACAGUGAAGCGCACGUUCAACCGCGCGCGCGUGUUUGUGGCCCCGCACGCCCCACUGCUGAACCACAUGGUGUUCAUGCCGCCGCGUGCCGUGGUGCUGGAGUUGCGGCCGCAGGGGGCGCAGGGGAGCGAGUAUGCCGUGUUCCAUCGGCUGGCGGAUGCGUGUGGGUUGGAUUACCACCUGUUGCUGUGUCAGGGGGAGGUGCCCUGGCGAAUGGGGCUGGGGAAUAUGAGCAGGAUUGUGGAGGUGCUGAGAGGGGUAGCAGAAAGCUUUGGAGAACGAGAUGUUCGUGCAGCCAGAAAGCACGCUGGACUGGACGGCCUUGACAGCGAAAUGGCGACGGCAACAGCAGCACGGGAUUUGGAGGUGCGGCUGAAGGAGAUGCUGAACGGCAUGGUGCUGACGAUGAAGAUGGAUGAGUCAGCAGGAGGCGUGGGCGAGCGCGUGGCGGCGUUGGAGGCGAAGCUGAGGGAGCAGGGCGACGCCAUGGCUGCCAUGCAGCGCGACAUGGCCGACAUGCGCCGCGCCAUGGCCCUCCUCAAGGGGAUGGCGGCGACGGGCGCUUUGGCGGAGAAGAGUGAGGGGGGAGGAGAGGGGGAGGGGGAGGGAAAAGGAAUUGCGUCGGGCGAAGCAGCGGAGGGCAAUGGCGCGCAGCCGCUGAAAGGCGCCCCCCGGGAUAACAUUCUCGCUGCACUUGAAGCGGUGAAUGGAGAGGCGAGUGAGAUGCGCGGGGAGAUGGCCGCGCUUAGGACGGAGCUUGCGCGGUUGAGGGAAACGGCGGAGCGGCAGGCGGCGGAGGUGGCGUACGUGAAGGCGACGGCGGCGCACUCGGAGGCGCGCAUCAACGAAGUUGAGCUGGCGCUCGCCGCAAUCAAGGACGAGCGCAAGGCGGAGAAGAGCCGCGCCGAGCGCGAGGAGAGCAGCGGAAGGGAGGAUGCGGAGGCGGAGAGGCGCGAGGGGAAGCGGCGGAAAAGGGAGGAAGGAGGGGACAAAGGGGGCAUGGCAGAUGGGCUAAGUGCUAGUGAUAAUUUGCUUGAAGAACAGCGGGAUGAGGCGGAAAGGGAUGGCGAAGCGUACGGGCAGAAGAAUGGUUCGUCUUGUGACACGGAGUCAUGGGAGGCACUGAUGACGCUGUGGAGGAAGGUAGUUCCCGGCGAGACGCGCAUGGAGCUCAACGGCGUCCGUUCCGUCACCGACGACGCCCUCUCAAAAGUCGCCACCUUAAGCUCUCUAACCGCACUCAACCUCAGAGAAUCCUCGGGCUUCACUGAAGCCGGGGUGAGAGGGCUCUCUUGCCUCACGGCUCUGACAUAUCUGAAUGUACGGGGUACAGCCACAGCAGACGCGGCUCUUGAAGGCGUCGCCAGGCUGGAGAAGCUUCAAGACCUUGUCCUUAAUCAGACAAAGAUAACCGAUGUGGGAAUAGCAAAACUACAGGGAUUGUCAGCACUCAAGACUCUAUACAUAGGCAGCGUGUCGAUCACGUCUGCCAGCAUGGUGCAUGUGGGCAAGCUGACAUCGCUGGAACGUCUUGCACUGCAUGGCACUGGAGUGAGGGAGGACGGACUGCGGCACUUGACUGCUCUCACAGCACUCAAGCUCUUCACUCUGCCUCCAGGGAUGACCGAUUCCGGCAUGAAGCUCCUGAGAAAUAUGAAAGCCCUCGAGACUGUGGGGAUAUGGAAGGCUAGGGUCACUGCCUCUGGUGUCAAAUGGCUCUUGGGCUUGAAGAGGCUGCAGAAAAUCGCAACAGAGGCUGAAGAUGUUCAAGAUGUUUGGGGCUUGGGAAGGAGCUGGGAUCUGGGGGAACUUGUGCAUAUCAUGCAGGCUUUUCAAAUGCUGGAAAAGAUGGGGCCCGCGAAGGCUUUGAGGGGAGGUGGUGGGAGUGGCAUGAUGAACAGCAGCAACAGCAGCAGCACUAGUAGCGGAGAUGAGAGUGGGACGGCGGGUGCAGGGCAGGGGAGUGGCGGUGCCAAGAGGACGGGUGGUGAGACGUCGGGCAAGGGAGGGUGGUGGCGCAGGUGCGGGGAGGGGGCGCUGCUGCUGCUGGGGGCGGAGGUGACUGGCGUGGACUUUGGGCGCAUGGACGUGCGGGAGCUCACAGGCCGUGGCAUCGUGCUCUUUGUGGCCCUUCCUCCUCCCCUCUCCUUCUCCCCAUCCCCAUCCCCCCAGACAUUCUCCUACAGCCGGUGCACCAGCGCCAUCACAAGCCCAGCCGAGCUCUCUGGCAGACACUCCGCCACCACUACCUGCUGCCGCCUGGCUUCCCCUCUGGGUGGUGGUGUGAGGGAAGCGGCCAGGAGCGGGCACAGCAGAGGAGCUAGCAGGGCUGCACGUGGCGCUGGUGGAGUGAAGCGCACGUUCAACCGCGCGCGCGUGUUUGUGGCCCCGCACGCCGCCCCAUGUCGUGGUGCUGGAGUUGCCACAGGGGGCGCAGCUGAGCGAGCAUGCCGUGUUCCAUCGGCUGGCGGAUGCGUGUGGGUUGGAUUACCACCUGUUGCUGUGUCAGGGGGAGGUGCCCUGGAGAAUGGGGCUGGGGAAUAUGAGCAGAAUUGUGGAGCAUACAGCGAGGCAGUAACUUACGGUGACGAGCAUCACAGCAUUGACAGCGAAAUGGCGACGGCAACGGCACCGCGGGACAUGGAGCUGCGGCUGGUGAACGGCAUGGUGCUGAAGGUGCAGCUGGCGGAGAUGGCCGGCGGCGUGGGGGAGCGCGUGGCGGCGUUGGAGGCGAAGCUGAGGGAGCAGGGCGACGCCAUGGCUGCCAUGCAGCGCGACUUGGCCGACAUGCGCCGCGCCAUGGCCCUCCUCAAGGGGAUGGUGGCGGCGGGCGCUUUGGGGGAGAAGAUUGAGGGGGAGGGGGCGGGAAACGGGAGUGCGUCGGGGGAGGCAGCAGAGGGCGCUGGCGCGCAGCCGCUGAAAGGCGCGCGGGAUAACAUUAUCGCUGCGCUAGAAGUGGAGGAGGUGAAGGCGCAGGUGGAAGCGGCGAGGGGGGAGGCGCGGGUCGCGGUGAGUGAGAUGCGCGGGGAGGUGGGCGCGCUGAAGGCGGAGCUUGCGCGGAUAAAGGCUGCGACGGAGCGGCAGGCGGCGGAGGUGGCGUACGUGAAGGCGACGGCGGCGCACUCGGAGUCGCGCAUCAACGACGCCGAGCUGGCGCUCGCCGCCAUCAAGGACGAGAGCAAGGCGGAGAAGAGCCGCGCCGAACGCGAGGAGGGCGGCGGGGAAGGGCGGGCAGGGGAGGAGAGACGGGAGGGGAAGAGGCGGAAGAGGGAGGAAGGGGAGGCGAAAAGGGGGGAGUGUCAGAUGCUGCUGCGGGCGCUGGGCGCACUGAUGCUGCUGUGGAGCGAAGCGGUUCCAGACAUGGUUCUCAUGGACCUGAGUGGCGUCCCCCUCCUCACCGACGCUGCUCUUGCACGACUCGCCUCCUUUUCCUCUCUAACCACACUCAACCUCAACGGCUCCUCCGGUUUCACUGAAGCAGGGGUGAAAGGGCUUUAUUCUCUCACGACUCUCAAGUGUCUGGUUUUGCAGAAUACAGCCACAACAGACGCGGCUCUUGAAGGCAUUUCCAGCUUGAAGAAUCUCCGCGCGCUUGAUCUCUUCAACACCAAGAUAACGGAUGCGGGAGUAGCGAAGCUGCAGGGGAUGACGUCUCUCGUGGAACUGCUCUUAGGCGCCUGUGACGCGGUCACAGAUGCCAGCAUGGUGCAUCUGGGCAAGCUGACAGCAUUGGAAUCGCUCGCUCUGAGCGACACUGCAGUGACAGAGGAUGGACUGCUGCGCUUGAGUACGCUCAUCGCACUGAAGCUCCUCGUCUUGCCUCCAGGGGUGACCGACUCUGGCAUGAAGCACCUGAGGAAUUUGAAGCGCCUGGAGAAGCUGUGUGUGUGGGAUGCUAAGAUCACUGCUGCCGGUGUCAAGUGGCUCAAGGGGCUCAGGCUGCAGGUGAUUGCGACAGAUGCAGAAGACGUUGCAGAGUUGAUCAGGGACAUCUUUCCUGGGAUGAUCGCCCUCCUUUUCCCCUCCUUUUCCCCUCCUUUUCCCUCCUUUUCCCCUCCUUUUCCCCUCCUUUUCCCUCCUUUUCCCCUCCUUUUCCCCUCCUUUUCCCCUCCUUUUCCCCUCCUUUUCCCCUCCCUUUCCCCUCCUUUUCCCCUCCCUUUCCCCUCCUUUUCCCCUCCUUUUCCCCUCCCUUUCCCCUCCUUUUCCCCUCCUUUUCCCCUCCCUUUCCCCUCCCUUUCCCCUCCCUUUCCCCUCCCUUUCCCCUCCCUUUCCCCUCCCUUUCCCCUCCCUUUCCCCUCCCUUUCCCCUCCCUUUCCCCUCCCUUUCCCCUCCCUUUCCCCUCCCUUUCCCCUCCCUUUCCCCUCCAGAAUCUCAUCUGUGUCUGGCCUGUCCGCCGCCUUUCACCCCUCCCCACCGCUCAGAUAUCCAAAGCUCAUUCUUGCUUCUCACCUACUCGCACAGCUCCUCCGUUUGUAA